CUGUGGGAGAUUUCACAAGCUAGCAUGCGAGCUAGCAGACGGCGCUAACCUAGCUAGCCGGGAGAGGAGCGUUGUGUAAACUUCGCCCGGGCUGCCCGCCGCCGCUGCCGCCGCCGCUACUUGGACUAGUUGCCUCGCUAGCCGCCCCGACCCGCAUGCCCUGUUCUUUUCGGCGUUUAUGCUUCCGAUGGGCGUUUGUUAUCACGUAGCGGACACGGUCGCCUCGCCGCCUGGGGCUGACGCCUGGAUGCGCACAGUGUUGUUUUCGUGGCUUGCGCCGUCGCGUUAUUGAUCUCGGGAGAGCCGCUGGCGAGCUAACGCUAGCCAGACCGCUAGCCGCCUCUCUCCGUGGCGACUCCGCUUUGUGGGAACAGGCCAUGUACGAGAGAGGCGUUCGUCGCUCGAGCGAGUGAUGAGGAGGCUGGCUUGAUGGCAGCUUAUCACUUAUUGGGAAACGGGAAUUGGGUGCAGCUAAACACACGAAAGAUCGAGGUCGGUUUGAGCCGUGUGCGUGUAACACGCUUGGUUUGAUCCCGUUUUCUUUCUUUUUCUGGACGAUGCAUCGGAUCCCCCGACCCUUACCGAAGUAAGGAUUGUAGACGCGCAAGCGGAAAAGCCACAGGAUUUGCCCCCCGUUGCUGAUAAAGUUCUCAACAACAAAGCGAGAGUAGAUUCGGGACUUUGGUAGAAAGGCGAAAUACCAUGUCUACUGCGAAAGAAAACCCCUGUAGGAAGUUUCAGGCGAAUAUUUUUAACAAGAGUAAAUGUCAGAACUGCUUCAAACCACGGGAGCUGCAUCUUCUGACGGACCAAGAUUUGACCCAGGCUAAACCUAUUUAUGGUGGAUGGCUGUGCCUGGCCCCGGAGGGAACUGAUUUUGACAAUCCUAUGCAGAGAUCCCGAAAAUGGCAACGGCGAUUCUUCGUGCUCUACGAACACGGCUGCCUGCGCUUUGCCCUGGACGAGUCGCCAAGCACGCUGCCUCAGGGUACGGUGAACAUGAACCUGUGUACAGACGUCAUCGACGCUGAGCCCAGGACGGGCCAGAAGAAUGCCCUGUGCAUCAUCACGCCUGAUCAGGAGUACUACAUCAGAGGAGAGAAUAAAGAGAUUAUCAAUGGGUGGAGCGAGCAGCUGGUUGUGUACCCCAGGACCAACAAGCAGAAUCAGAAGAAGAAACGCAAGGUGGAGCCCACAACUUCUCAGGAGCCUGGUCCAGCCAAGGUAGCGGUAACGGGCUCGGGUAUUCCCGAGUCAGAGAAAGUGCCAGACUCCAGCUCCAUCAUCUGGCAAGAGGAGCUGAGCCAAAGGGAAGCCGAAGGAGCCACUGUGUGGUCGGCUGCUGACCUGCCCCCCUUGGGGUCACCACUGCCCCCCGCAGGUGACUGCGCCUCUGUAGGUCAAGGCUCUGACACGGGCUCUCUGAACGGCGAUGAGGUGGACCGGGGUAGCCUGCCGCUCCACGGCACAGCACCCCACCAAGCUAAUGACCUCCUCUCCCCCACGGGCUCCUGCUCCAGCCUGGGCGGCAUCCCGCGCUGCCUCUCGCCAGCACCCAGCGACCCGUUCCCCUCCGGUAGCUCCCUGCUCUCCAAUGGCUCCCACAUCAGCGGCUCGGUUAGCUCUCUGGACUCUGAUGCUAGCGGCAGCACGGUGACUAGCACCGACAGCCACCAGCCAACUCACAGGGGGGGCUACUCCCACAGUCACCACGACACACCCCGCUCCCGACGCCUGGAGGCCGAGGCCCGGAAGGCAGAGAAGAGAAGCAGGUUGAGGAGCCCCGACAGGCAGGACAGGGAAGCUGUCCUCAGUCCUGAGAGGAGCCGCUCCGGUGUGAUUGAGAAGUUGGAGGCCCUGGAGCUAGAGAACGCGGAGAGGAUGGAGGUGGAGGAGGCUGGAAGGAGCGGAGCCAGACAGGGCCGCAGUGAGCACCGACGCUUCCAAAGAGAGGAGCAGAGGCAUGACCUGGGUCAGGGCCUGGACUUUACCUCCACCUUACCCCCACUGAGGAGAGCCAAGUCCCUGGACCGACGGACCACCGAGUCGGUCAUGACACCGGAUCUGCUGAACUUCAAGAAGGGUUGGAUGGUGAAACUGGAUGAGCAAGGACAGUGGAAGAAAUAUUGGUUUGUGCUAACAGACCACAGCCUCCGAUAUUAUAAGGACUCCAUUGCCGAAGAGGCUUCUGACCUGGAUGGCGAGAUUGACCUGUCUGCUUGCUACAAUGUGACUGAAUACCAGGCUCAACGCAACUAUGGUUUCCAAAUACAUACCGGAGAGGGAGUUUACACUCUGUCGGCCAUGACAGCAGGUAUACGAAGGAACUGGAUCCAGGCAGUCAUGAAGAAUGUCAGACCAUCCACUGCUCCUGAUGUGGCAAGCUCAACUGAAGACCACGGUUCCUUUUCUCCGCUGGAGGGUCUGGUUAGACCAGAUGUGACCCAGGACUCUCCCUCCUCAGAGGCCUCAUCUGUAGAACGAGAUUCUGCUCCGGGCCUCAAGAAGAGCCGGGCCCGUGAGCGCAGAAGAGAAGGACGCUCUAAGACCUUUGACUGGGCAGAGUUCCGACCCAUAGCCCAGGCCCUGGCACAGCAACGAGCCCAGGAAGCUGAGGGCCUGCAGGCAGACCUUGGAGACCUGGAACGUAGUCGAAGAAGGGAGGAGCGGCGGAGGAGAUACGAGUCUGUUACAAGCUCAUCGUUGGAGCCUUCAACCACUGGUGAUGGAGGGAGAAUGGCUUUUGAGAGUGGAGAGGGAGAAGGGCACACAGGGCCUCUCCCUGGAAAUCUCAUAACGUUGGAGAAGCAGCAGAUGAUGGAGGAAGUUAUUGAACAGCACUGGCAACAGGUAGAGAAGACACCCAUACGUGACGAGAGGAGGGUGCCCCUGCCAUCCUCAAUGCACACCAGAGAAACGGCAGAGUUGGAGAAACUAUUGGAGAGUUACAAGAAAGGGGUAGAAGACCUGAAGGCACAAUUGGAGAGCUGUCAUCAGCAGCUCGUCGACUCCAACAGGCACAAGCAGGAGUUAGAGCUACAGCUGAGAACAGCUCUAGAGAGAGAGCAGGACAUCCGCACGGGUUACAUCUCCCCGCUGGAGCACCCUUUGGGUCUGGAGGCUCAUCUGAUGCCCCAGGCGAAGAGGCCAGAGCUGGUUAGUUCUCAAGCACAGAACUUAACAAAGAAGUACCUGGAGACCAAAGAGCUCCUGCAGCUACAAGAGCUGAAAAAGCGCAAUAUGCAGGCACAGCUUGGCCUCUCACUUUCUCACCUCUCCAUCAAGGAACCUCACCUUUCUGAACCCCCAAAAUCAUCCCCCCUGGAAAGCCCUCCCCCAGAACUUGUACAAAAAACAGUUAGCUUCUUCCUCCAGGAUAGUGCAGAAAGGAUUCAAGAAUUAGAAGACUUGGUAACUGUUAAACCUCUGACCCUUAAUGGGCUGAUGACAUUGCUGCAGUCGCACAGCUGUCAGAGGUUAACUGAACAAAGUCGUUUUCAAAAGCUCUUGGAGACCUGGAAAUGCCAACAGGAGUUAGAAAAUGAAACCAUUAAAAAGAGUUUAGCCAGAGCAGGGGAAUGCAUUCGCGACUACGAAGCCCGUCUCUUAACAAUGGAGGAUAUGGUCGGAAAGGUUCCGAUGCAUAAGGUUGAUAGCUUUAAAAGCCCCUGUAUAUUUCUCUCAAAAACUGAAGAUCACUCAGAACCAAACGAGAUCACCAUUGGAACCCUCUCUCAGAGAAUUGAGCUGUUAACUAGUGAAAAUGGGGCACUAAACCAACGAUAUCAGGAAAUAGUUAACCAACUCACCGAGGCCGACAGAGAGAUAGAUAGGCUGAAAAAUGAACUAAUCAACCUGCAGAGUGGCAAGCAGCACCUUCUCCUAGUUGAGGAGCUGAACAGAGUAAAGGCUGUAAUGGCUGAGAACCAGGCAAAUGCCAUAGACAGAGAGUACUAUGAGAUGGAGCUGAAUGAGAAGUCUCUGAGGCUUCACGAAGCCUUGGUGAUGUUGGAGGAGCUUGGAAACACCUUGAAGGACACAGAGAAGAAACUGCAGCUCAAAGAGGCCACACUGAAAGGUCUAGGAUUCCAGGUGGAGACUUAUGAUGAUGAUUCUCAACUGGAGAAAGACCAACUGAAACAGCGACUUGAAGCUUCAGAGGCAAAGUUGUUAGAGAGAGAGAAAACCCUCCAGUCCACAGAGCAACGCUGUAUGAAACUGGAAGAACAGAACUGUGUACUGCUCAGGCAAAACCAGGAAGCUGAGAAGAUCAGUAGACAGAAGUUAGAAGAGGCAGAAACCAAAAUAAGAAUGUUACAAGAGAAGUUAGAAGUAGAGAUGAAGAUAGGUAGGGAAGAAAAGACAGUGCAUGUUAGUGAAGGGGUGAUUGAGACAGGUGAGAAGCAGGUUUCCAAUGAUGGAGUGUUUGAGCAAGUAGUAGACAAGAUUGAGAUGAAGUCUAAGGCAGUUAAUCAGGUAUUAAAGAUAUUAGCAAAGGUAGAUGUGAAUGUAGAGAAAAUUCAAAGCGAUUUAAAAAGCACUUUACUUCUCUCUGGUUUCAAUGGCUCAUCUAAACAGGAGCCACUCACUGGGAGUCAGAAAGAGAUGGAGAGGUUUGUGUUGGAGGGCGAAUUCUGGAGCCAGCUGAUGAAUUCUAGUGAGAGUACUACUCCAGAUGAAAAUAAUGAAGAAAAAGCACUGAGUUUUGAAAGUCGUGUGGCAAAACAAGUGUUAGCAGAGAAAAACCUGAUGCUUUUGAUUCAAAGGAUUUGUCCACAAGCAGAAAAAAGGGUUGAUAGCGAGAUGGCAGUGACAGACUUCUUGAAUUUGUAUUGCUGGCUUGAUGAUGAAACUAAUACUCACACUUUGAAAGCCUUGGCAGAGACAUUGGAGGCAAAGGCAUAUUUUUUGAAGCAAAUUGUCUCUACCUUGAAGCUGUCAAAAGAUGACAAGCUCCUGUCCUUGGCUGUAGCAAGCUUUGAGUCUGGCAGUACUCAAAAACAAUUUUCUGAAUAUCUGCUUAAUGCCCUUAAAGAAGCUUACAUGUCAUAUGUCAUCAUUAGGCUCAAGCUGCAACAUGAAAAAGAGCUAAUGCAGAAGCAAGCAGAAAUUCAGACGGGCAACUUGGACUGUGUGAACUGCCCAAAAUUAAAAGAACUCAACAGGGGUCUCAAGUCCAAGCUAACAGAUCUUCAGAAUCGGUUAUCCGAAGCAAGAAAUGACACAGGGCCACCAACCCACAUUCAUAUCGAGGGAGAACCUAUGGAUUCACUGGAUAAAGCCAUUGACUUUCAAGACCUGAUAGCCAGGCACAAGAAGGAGCUGCAGGAGGUCAAAGACGUCUAUGAGCAGGAAGCUGAAAAACUGAGGCAGGAAGUUGCCAAAGCCAGUGAGAUGCUGCGUCUCUGCUCAGAGGAAAACGUCAAAGAGAUUGACUCGUUGACCAUCUGCAUGGAAAACCUGAAGAAGAAACACGAGACAGAGAGCAAUCUCCUCACUGAGAGGUUUCACAGGGAGAUAGAGGAGCUGAGGAGUGUCAUGACACCAUUAAACACUGAGAGAGACUCUGCAGAUGGGGCCGAGGAUCAACCGGCGCCGCCCACCUCGACUCCAACAUCGAACCUUAAGGAGCGCAUCCGAGAGCUGGUGACCCAAGUCUCAGUCAUGGCCGAAGAGAUGAGGCGGCGUGAGCAACAGGGUGAUGUAACGGCUCUGCGGCUGAAAUAUGAGAAAGACCUGGAGAACCUGAAGGCUACUUGCGAGCGAGGCUUUGCCGCCAUGGAGGAGUCCCACCAAAAGGUAAUAGACGAACUACAGCGAAAGCACCAGAGAGAGCUGGAGAACCUUCAAGAGGAGAAGGAAAGGCUGCUUGCAGAGGAGACGGCAGCCACCAUAGCUGCGAUAGAAGCGAUGAAAAAUGCCCACCGGUCGGAGCUGGAGAAGGAGCUGGACAAGGCUCGCAAGGCCAACAGCAACACGGAGAAUGCAGACAUAGAAGAGAUUCGCAGACAGCACGAGGAGGAGCUGUGUUCUUUCCAGCGGGAGAUCGAGGUGCUGUCAGAGCAGUAUUCCCAGAAGUGCCUGGAGAACGCCCACCUGGCCCAGGCGCUGGAGGCCGAGAGGCAGGCCCUCAGGCAGUGUCAGCGAGAGAACCAGGAACUUAACGCACACAAUCAGGAACUAAAUAACCGUCUUGCGGCAGAGAUCACCAAGAUGCGCUCCAUGACCAGUGAGGAUGGCAGUGGAGACACAAGUGCCACAAUACAGGGCAAAGAACUCUACGAGUUAGAGGUGAUGCUGAGGGUGAAGGAAUCCGAGGUCCAGUACUUAAAGCAGGAAAUCAACUCCUUGAAAGAUGAACUCCAGGCUGCCCAGAGAGAUAAGAAGUAUGCAACAGACAAAUACAAGGACAUCUACAAGGAACUAAGCAUUGUCCGAGCCAAAGCAGAGCGGGAUCUGGGGCGGCUCAGAGACCAGUUACAGCUGGCUCACGAGGCACUGGGGGAGCCCUCGCCAGAGGAGGUGGAGCGAGGAGGAUACGAUAUCAUGAAGUCCAAAAGCAACCCCGACAUCCUUAAAAUGGCAGCUGCUGCAGCUAAACGCUCGGAGCGCACCAUGAGGUCAAAGUCUGUGAGUCGUGACAUGCCCUGGGACAGUUAGGGCUGCUGAGGACGUGUAGGCCAUCUACCCCUCUCCUUUAGAGUCUGAAGGAGGGGCUGACGGCUGAGCAGCGACUCCAUCUGUUUGAAAACAAGGACACUAAGGAGUUCUGACAGUGAUAUGUCAUUUUGACUUUUUUUUUUGCUGCAUGUUUAGAGGCCCACUAUAUUUUAGCUCUGUAAAAUUACUUAUUUAGGAACACUACACACUGGUCACAAAACACAUAAGUGGUAUAUUAUUAAAAAGAAUCAUGGUAUGAAGAUGAAUUUCAUGUCUAUAGAGUCUGCAUUCCAUGCACUUCAGUUACUGUGACUUUUUUUUUUGUCUUUGCCAUGUCUUACUGUAAAUAAUCUGUAAUGUUUUAAUCAGGCGUCUACCAUGCAUACACUAAAAACCGUGACCGUGUAAGCUACUGUUUUAACUCCGCAGGCUUGUGCCGCCCGCCAGCCGAAGGAGGACGUGCGAUAUUAAAACGGCUAAAACACAACAACCGAUGAUUGAGCGAUGCCGACGUAACCGAUCAUAGGACGUUUGACCCCCUCGAGCCUGCACAUUAAGCUAGGUGAUGUAUACAUGUAUUGAAGCCCGCCCCCCCCCCCCUCGCACGACCAUCAACCACCCCCUUGUCGCCAUCAUUCCAGCACGGAUGGAAGUCUUGCACAAUAAACAAGCUAUGGAACAAAAAAGAUGUCCACCUGCAUAAAUAAAUAAGCCUACUUAUCUGCCAUGUUGGAUGUUGCUUCAAUGCCUGACUUGUUGGCUUCUUAACCGUGAUUAACAUCAUAGAUGUUGUUGUUUUUUUUUUGUUUUUUUUGACAUCCUUGGAUCGAUACCCAGGGAAAGGCAACUGUCGAAUGCAUAUGAAUGGGAUUCAGUGAAGAGAAUAAUAAACAUAUUGCGCUGCGAUCAUCGCUACAGCUGUAUAGGCGUGUGUUGAGUUGGUCCUGUUUGUAGUCUUGUUCAAGUAGCGGUCCCAUUGUAUUUAUUUAAAUGUUUCUUUUUGGGGGGGUUUUUUUGUCUCACAUUCCCAUUUCUCUGUACUCUAUUAUUGUAAAUAUACAUCAAAUGUACACCGACUGACUACAGGUUUAUUAGCAAUAAAUAUUUUUGCACCCUGA